CAGCACCACCACCACCAUUUCUAUUUUUUAUUUAAUUUAAUUGAGAUUUUUUUUUGUAAUAGUCAAUCCUUUCGGUUUCUUUGCCUUAUUUCUCCUUUAUUAUUCAAUUCUAUCUCGGUCAAAAAUUCCAUUCCCCCACGGGAUUUCCAUUGCUGCCAAAAUAAACGCGUUCAUUCAAAGAAUUUCUCAAAACCAACUCUUUAAUAAUCUUCUAUCUUCCCUUUGCUUCUUCCUACUGUAACUGCUCUGACCUUGUCCUUGCUGUUGAAUCUUCUCUUCUUCUUAAUCCCAAUUCCAUUCUUUCUGAUCAGGAAAUUGUUUGAGCUCCAAGGAAUUUUCAAGAACGAUGGGAGGAGUUUGUUCUGGAGGGACGAAAGGAAAGCAUGAUAAAGUUGCAGCACAGAAAAAUCCUGGGUUUUCUGGGAAGCUAAACUCAAUUAAGAGCUUUAGCAAGCAUAAAGAGAAUUUUCAUUCCUUUACUAAUAACAAUGAUGAUAAUUUUGGCAAGACUACCACUCCGCAGAGGUAUAAUUCCGGUGAGCUGUUAUUGUCUUUCUCAAGAGAACUUAAGCCGUCAACGCCUGCUAGGGGAGGGGCUGCCAAGGAUGGCCAGAAGAGUUCAUUUAUAGGGAAAGCUGGCACUGUGAGCUUGGAGAAAGCAGUUGACGUUUUAGACACUCUUGGAAGUAGCAUGUCAAAUCUGAAUGCCCGGAGUGGUUUUAUCUCCGGCAUGGCUUCUAGAGGGAACAGAAUAUCAAUAUUGUCAUUUGAAGUAGCCAACACAAUAGCCAAAGGUGCAAACUUGUUUCAAUCGCUUUCAGAAGAAAAUGUUCAGUUGCUGAAGAAAGAAAUAUUACAUUCGGAAGGGGUACAACAAUUGGUUUCCACAGAUAUGAAAGAGUUGCUAAUUCUUGCUGCUGCUGAUAAAAGGGAGGAAUUUGAUGUAUUUGCAAAGGAAGUAAUUCGGUUUGGAGAUCUAUGUAAAGACCCACAAUGGCACAACCUGGGUCGAUAUUUUACAAAAUUAGAUUCAGAUUAUUCCGAUGAUAAACAAUCUAGAGCAGAGGCAGAAACCACAAUGCAAGAGUUGACUACUUUGGCCCAACAUACCUCUGAAUUAUAUCAUGAAUUGCAUGCUUUGGACAGAUUUGAACAAGAUUACCAGCAGAAGCUUGAAGAAGUGGAGUCCUUACAUCUCCCCAAAAAAGGAGAGAGUCUCACGAUUUUACAAAGUGAGCUAAAACAACAAAGAAAGCUUGUGAGGAGCUUGAAAAAGAAAUCCCUGUGGUCUAAAAAUAUGGAGGAGAUCAUGGAGAAGCUUCUUGAUAUAGUUACCUACUUGCACCAAGCUAUCUUAGAUGCAUUUGGAAACAAUGGUGUCAGACCAGCCAGUAAGGAGCCUGAAAAGAAUCCUGAAAGGCUAGGUCCAGCUGGUCUUGCUCUGCACUAUGCUAAUGUUAUUAACCAGAUUGAUACCAUUACAUCUCGUCCCACCUCCCUUCCUCCUAAUACAAGGGACAAUUUGUAUCAUGGGUUGCCAAUCAGUAUUAAGACAGCUCUACGUUCCCAACUACAGAUGGUUGACCCUAAGGAAGAGUUCACAGUAGCUCAGGUGAAAGCUGAAAUGGAAAAGACUCUUGAGUGGCUUGUACCCCUUGCCGCUAACACAAACAAAGCACAUCAAGGUUUUGGGUGGGUUGGAGAAUGGGCAAAUACUGGAAAUGAAUUUGGCAAGAACUCAACUGCACAAAAUAACCUGAUCCGCCUCCAGACACUUUACCAUGCUGAUAAGCAGAAGACUGACACAUACAUUCUUGAAUUGGUGACAUGGCUUCAUCGUUUGAUAAACUUAGUAAGACAUAGAGAUCAUGGUUUCAAAGCAAUGCCGGUUCGAUCUCCGACUCAAAAGGGACUAGAUUUCCACGCCAAGAUGCAACGAGCUUUAUCCGCAAACUAUGGUACUACAACCUAUAGCAUUCAACUUUCUCAAGAAGACAGAGAUUUAUUAGACAAGGUGUCCUGGAGGAGAUUGGUUCCAGAAAUAAGCAAGAGUCAGGAUUUUUCCAAAGCCAAUAAAAGAAGGAAAGUGUUGGGAUCUAGCAGGAGCACAGGAAGUUCUCCAGUAAGGGAGAUUGGUUCCAGAAAAAGGUUACAACACCCAAAUAAAUUGGACAUUAUUGAUGGCUUGCAUUCCACUUCCACAUCAUCAAUUAAUUAUAGCUAGGCAUUUGAGUUCCCAUGGGAAUUUAUUUUUCAUGUAUAUUCAUUCGUUAAAUUCUUAUUACAUAGUUACCAUGUCAACCAUUAUGUAUUGUGAUGAUUUGUUUACACCGGCAUAUAAUGAUAUUAUAUAGAUUGAUAUUUCAUUAAAUAUAA